CACAGUAGACUUUGGUUCAGUUAUAGUUUGGAAUGCCAGCUUAGUUACUCCACAAUUACUUUCCACUGAGCUAGAGUAAAGAUCAAGGACCAUACUUGCUCUGAGCCUAGUGGAAGGUCACUGUACUUUUUGAUAGAUUUGACAAAAGAUGUCAUCCCAGAACCAGCUAAAUGUUCUUCAUAAAUUCAAGGGUAUAUUCUUUUCUACUAUGUCUUCGAAAGAACUUCUAAAUUCUCUGGAUUCUUUUGAUGCAAGAGAAGAUGAUGUGUUUCUGGUUUCCUAUCCAAAAUCUGGCACUCACUGGGUUGCAGAAGUCAUUGGGAACAUCCCUAGCGCUAAAAUUAAUCUCACAUCUCCUAUUGAAUUUGGAGACAUUUCCAAAUUUGAAGAGCUAAAAAUGUAUUCUAAGAGAAGAGUAAUUCCAACGCAUUUGAGCUAUGACAUGCUACCCAGGAAUAUUAAACAAAAGCAGUGCAAGAUUGUCUACAUCGUCAGGAAUCCAAAAGACGUAGCCGUUUCUCUGUUCCACUACUACAGAGAUAACCCAAAUCUCCCCUGCAUCGAGACAUGGCCUGCAUUUUUAGAGCUCUUCCUAAGAGGAGAUGUUGUGUAUGGAUCCUGGUUUGAUCACGUUUUAAGCUGGGAAGAGCACAAAGAUAAUAAAAACAUUCUAAUUAUAUCCUAUGAAGAAAUGAAAAAGGAUCUUUCUAAAAGCAUAAAGAAAAUGACUACUUUCCUUGAUAUAAAUGUGAGUGACAGUGAAAUUAAUAAGAUUGCUUGGAAAACAUCAUUCAGCGAAAUGAAAAGCAGCGCAGCCAAAGAAAACCACGAUCCAAAUCAUACCAUCUGUGCCCUGACAUCUAACAGGAAUCUGGUGUUUAGGAAAGGCGCAGUGGGUGAUUGGAUAAACUACUUUACUUCAAAGCAGAAGAGAGUAUUUGAUGAACUAUUCACACAGAGAAUGAAACACAGUGAACUGGCAAGACGCUUUGAGGAUUACUCUAAAUAGAAAUGGGAAAUGGAACUAGUUUUCAUUUUAUGCAAUGUGGUCCUUUGGGAAUACGUAGAAAAUUUUUACCAAUGUGAAAAUCAGUUGGGUUUUCUUUUUUUGGUGAGAAACAGACACUUUAUGAAUGUGUCAAAAGUGUCCAGUGUGACAGAAUUUUAUAUGUGGGGAUAGCAGAGAAUUUUUCAUAAAAGGAAGUAAAGAAUUUUUGAAUAAAUUUUAUAUCUGUUUCCAGGAUAUUCAGUAUAGCAAGGCAAUUACCUCUAUUCAGAAAGAGCAUUAUUACUCUAGGUGUUUUAUAAGCUGCAUUCAUGUACAACAAAAGAGGUGAGGAGUUUUCUAAAAUAACAAAUGUCUGUCAAGAAUUUAUUUGCUGCCCAUUUGGGAUGAUCGUGAUCUCUAUUUCAACAUUCCCCAGUGUCUGUGUAGAAAUGGUCUCAACUGUCAUCACGAUGACAAAUAUAAUCUUACUACGGUGGAAACCACUAAGAGGUAAAUUAUAAUCACAUUCCAGUAUAUUGAUGAGAAA